AUGUCGCACUCUCACGAAGGAGCUUCCCACUCGCACGAUGGCGGCUUCAACGCCCAGGAGCACGGCCACUCGCACGAGAUCCUCGACGGGCCGGGUAGCUACGUUGGACGCGAGAUGCCCAUUGUUGAAGGCCGCGAGUGGUCCGACCGGGCAUUUACUGUUGGCAUUGGCGGCCCCGUUGGCUCCGGCAAGACGGCGCUGAUGCUCGCCCUCUGCCUCGCCCUCCGCCAAGAAUACGGCCUCGCGGCCGUGACCAACGACAUCUUCACGCGUGAGGACGCCGAGUUCCUGACACGACACGCCGCGCUCCCUCCUGCGCGCAUCCGCGCCAUCGAGACAGGCGGCUGCCCGCACGCCGCCGUCCGCGAGGACAUUUCGACCAACCUGGCCGCCCUCGAGGACCUGCACCGCGAGUUUUCCACCGACAUUCUCCUCAUCGAGUCGGGCGGCGACAACCUCGCCGCCAACUACAGCCGCGAGCUGGCCGACUUCAUCAUCUACGUCAUCGACGUCAGCGGCGGCGACAAGGUCCCCCGCAAGGGCGGCCCCGGCAUCACCCAGAGCGACCUCCUCGUCAUCAACAAGACGGACCUGGCCGAGGCCGUCGGCGCCGACUUGUCCGUCAUGGAGCGGGACGCGCGCAAGAUGCGCGAGGGCGGCCCGACCAUCUUUGCGCAGGUGAAAAAGGACGUUGGCGUCCAGCAUAUUGUCAAGUUGAUCCUCAGCGCCUGGAAGGCCAGCGGCGCCGAGGAGGAUCGCAAAAGCCAGGGCGGCCCCAAGCCGACACCGGGUCUGGAGAGCUUGACAAAGUAG